CUUCUGCUGCCGUUCCCUCCCCGAGUUGCUCCAUUCUCCCCAGGAGACAAAACGACUCGUCGAUGGCUUGUUUUUGAGCCCCGUCUUCAGAGUGAACGGUGCGAUGAAGAGGGAGAGCUGGGAUUGGCUUCUUCUUUCUCUUGUCGCGGUUCCUUCCUGUCGCUAAGCUCUUCUCGCAGCUGGAGAGGCAGAAUCUCCCCGGCCUGCAUGCUCAGGGUGUUGCGCCGCGGCUCGUUGCUCUCGACGCCGAGACAAGCCAGCCUUGAAGGCGCUCGAACCGCCUCGUACGCGCAUCGUCGCUUCUUGGUCUUCUUCUCCACGUUUCGCGCUUUGAUUCGGUUGUCUUCUUCUCAGGUCCUUUCCUUCGCUUCGCCCGGACGCGCCUCCGUCCUGAAAAGCGACACUCACCGAGCCUGAAAUGACUUCUUCUCUUUUCCUUCGUCUCUUCUUCUUCGUUCCUGAGUUCUCUGUGUCCUCUUUCCUCUCUUUUCGUUGACUUCUUUUUUUCUGCCUCUGUCGGUGGUGUGGAGCGACACAUGCACUGGCAGACUGAGAACUGAGGAGGAACGACGAGGCGGUUUCUCUCUGUCGCCUCUCGUUCCUCCACACAGCGUCUUCGCAAAUCUUUGCCUUUCUUUUUUUCCUCAACUCCUUUGUUUGCUUCUGCUCCUCAGAGCUGUCCCUUUGUCACUCUUUUCAAGUCUCAUGUUUUCUUCGCCUCGUGACUGCAGUUUUUUCCUUGGCAGAUUUACCAUUUCUCCUCCUCGCCGCUGCGCCGAUGGCGACGCGAGGAGUGGCGACGGUGUCUCUCCCUCGGAGAAAGCCACUGUGUGGGGAGAGGUGGGUUCCCCGUCACAGAUGUUGCACUUUCCCCUUCUCGUCUGGUUUCCUCGUUUCCUCGAAACGAUCGUCGGUCAGGAGACACGGCACCGUCUCUCCCCUCUCUUCGUCGGUGCGAAGGCGAAUGGAUUCUGCGCCUCAGGAGACACAGACGCACCAGGCACCGACACAAAUCGGCUCAGAGAGAACGGAGAGGCGGUCCUCGCAACGAGGUGUCUGGAAGCUGGAAACGGACAUAUUCGGUUCUGGAAAAUCGGUGCUCCGUUUUACUCCCAGAGGCUCGCUCUCAUCGGCGCUCAACUCUUGUUUGUCUGCUUCGAACUGUAGGACGCCUGCCUCCGCCUCGACGCCUGUAUCUGCUGUUUCUUUUUGUCUCUCCGACGCGCGCGUCUCCUCUCUCUUCUCGCCUUUUGGCUGUACUGUGCGGAGCUCUUCCUCGUCUCCUUGUCUGCCCACAUGUUCCGUCUCCACUGUUGCUUCUUCUUCAUCUCGAUCGUCGAUCUCUCCCCCCGUCUUCUCGCUUUCCUCUUCGUCUCCUGUCUUAUCGAUCGCCUGUUCGCCUUUCUUGUCUCUUCGCGCCUUUCCUUGUCACCUGUGGGCCUUCGUCUCUCUCUCUUUGCCUCCCUCCUCUCCUCUCGCUCUCGUAUCUGACUGUACUACCCCCGCUGCUCGUCCGCGCAUUUCCCUCCCUGCUCCUGUCUCCUCCGUUUUCGUCUCGCCGUCCGUUCGCCUCUCUCCUCGUGCUUCGUUUUCCUCCGUUGCUCCAGCGCAUCUGUCUUCUGGAGCGGAGAGGCGAGCGAGAGAUUUCGACUCGGAGAGGAUCAGUCGGGAAAGGGCACACGCCGAAGGACGCUCAGAAGAAACGAAAAAGCUCGACAGCGACGGCACAGAAGGGAGAGAAGGAGACUACGAAGGACGAAAGAAAGAACGCGAGUGCAAGGGAAACGGAGCUCCCGCCGGCGUCCGUUCGAUCCUUUCUCCUCGCGCUCAGAUCCAGGUCUGCAUCAUUGAACCAAGCGCCAAGCCUGCGUCCUCGUCUUCGUCUCCUUCCUCGUCUCCGUUGCCUUCCUCGCCUUCGUCUCCGUCUUCUUCUUCGUCUCCGUCUUCUUCGUCUCUGUCUGCUCCGUUGUCUAGUCUCAAUGAAGAGGGGUCUUGUUCUGAUUCUUCUGGACCAGAGGGCCGCGCGUAUUCUGGGAAGGACAAGUUGUUUCACUGCCACUACAGUUCUCUUUCACGAUACCAGCUGGCGACAGAGUUGCAGCUGGCCUACAGCGACAUCCGGUUGCUUGACGUGGUUCGAGUGCCUUCGUCUCUCUCUUCUCUCUCUUCUCUCUCUUCUCUCUCUUCUCUCUCGUCCUUCUCGCGGUUUCCGCCCGGCCUGUUCUCGCCGCGGGUGGCUGCCUCGGACGGGGUGAGGAGCUGCUCGCGGAACCAUUCGGCCGACAGCGAGGAGAAGAUGGAGAGACCGACGGCCAGCCGCGGCGGCCUGGUCGCUGCCUGGUCUUCUCUCUCGUCGUUUUUCUCUCAUUCUUCUCCGGAGACCAAGGGCCAGAAGCGCGAGCCGAGCAGUUCUUCUGCGCGGAGCGGCUCUCGGCCGCGGGACGACAGGUUCGCCAGUCACGCGUGGAAGGAGAAUUUGAAGACGCGCGAAGAAGAACCUCUCGCGCUACCGUUUCUUCCCGCAGGUCUCGAUGCCCUCAAACUCCAACACGCAAAAAUCCUCGUCAGACGAACGGCCAUUCUUGUGCAAAUCGAAAACAUCGGCGCUGUUGUCACACCCCACAAGUUGGUUCUUCUCCAUCCCCAUCCCUCUGUGACGAGCGCGCUGUUGCAUCAACUCACGUGUGGCGAAGCAAGUUCGCUGUCGACUGCAUCUCUGCUUGAGUGCAAUCCGCCUAGAGAAGAAGAACACGAAGACACCCCGGCUGUCCCUGCAUCUGGGGACGAGACUGUUUCUUCAGCUUCUCCGCAGACUCUUUCCUCUCCUCCGUUCCCUUCUUGGGGUCUCGCUUCCCCGCGACAGAUGCCGUUUGAGCUACGAGCUCUUGAAGCUCUCUUUGCCGUUGCGCUGGGAUCUCUCGAAGCUCUCACCAAAGACUACGUCGACCGCGUUCGCCUGACCAUCGCCACUCUAGAACAAGAAUCCACGGCGGUUUCGAGAACUUCGCGAAACAACGCCUCAAACGCCUGGUCGCUUGCCACUGCAGAUGCGACGCUCUUCACCCUCGUUCACUCUCCGUCUCUUCAUCAACUCAUGGUCCUAAAAAAUCUUCUUCAGGAUAUCGAGGCGCGUCUGGAGGCGUUCCGAGGGUGCCUGUCCAAAUUGUUAAGCGACGACGGAGACAUGGCUGACAUGUACCUGACAGAUAGACUCGUGUACACCAUUCCUCACGCCCGCGAAGACCACGCUGAUGUCGAGCUGCUUCUCGAAGGCUGCCUACAACAAGUCGACGAACUGCAGUACGACAUCCUGACAGCGAAGCGAUGUGUCAUCCACCACGAAGAGCUUACCAAGAUGCACUUGGACGUUUGCCGGAACGCCUACAUGCAGAUGAACGUCAAAAUUUCCUUGUUCUCGCUGACGACGUCAGUUGCCGCUGUUAUCGCUGGCAUUUUUGGAAUGAAUCUGCCCCUCUUCGACUCGCAGGCAGCGCCUGCUCAUCACGAACCGCUUUCUUCUUCUGGACAUUCUCUCUCGAGUUCGAGGGGAGAAGAAAACGCCGAGAAAGCCAUACCCAGUGCGAUCGAGCGACAGCAAGCCACCGUGGAGGUAGCGACAGGAAGUUCACUCGCCCCGUCGGCUUCUCCAGAACAGAAACAAGGCUUGACUACUUCUUCGUUGUCUUCCCCGGAUGUCUCUUGUUGUGGUUCGAGGUCUAGGUCGUGUGAUGAGGCGGGUGGACGCUCUGCUGGGGAGAGAGGUGAGACUCGUGUGUGGAGCGCGUCCUCUGUCGCUUCGCCGUCGACUCUCCCACACUCGCUGUCUCGUCCAGAGCACCUUCUGGCUGCGUUUUUUCCGUCCGUUUUGGCCUCCUCGCGCAGCGGUGUUUCGACGGGUUGUCUGAGCUCUCUUUGGGAGAGCGUCGCGGUCGAGGAGUGGCAAGAAGCCAUGAGAGCGAGACGACAAGCGUUCUCUCGCUGGAUCGUCGAUCACUCUUUCUUCCUCGUGUCCGGCUUUCUCAUUCUCCCCACAUGCGCAUGCGGAUUCGUUUUCUGCAACCGCCUCGCCCGCGUCUUUGCUCUCCAUGGUUGCUCCUCCGAGCUGUCUAUGGGGCGUUCUCAACGGAGAACAACCCCCAUGUCGAAGCUUGCCUCUUUCUUCGCCAGGCCAAAAGCAGAGACAGGCGCAUUCUUGUCGGGAAAAAAAGCGAUUCGACGGCCUCUGUUCAUCUUCCCCGCCCUCUUCUCGUUCAACCGUCACGCCGCAAGGAACAUGCCUUUCCCCCCGUCCACUGAGAUGCCGACAAGACCACAAUCAGAGGGAAAGCGAGAGGGAAAGUAACACACACAUGCAGGACACAGGGACUUAUCUCUCUAUAGAGAAGCCUGGAAAACCGGACACAAGCAUCUCUUUUUGUCUCCCUAUAUCCACGUGGAUCUGUAUCUCGAACUAUCUGAAUCUGUAUCUGGCUCGAUCUGUUGCUAUGUCCCUCUCUAUCGUGCUAUAUCUGUUUACCUACCGAUAUGUGUAAUUUGUGUGGCUGGACAUAGAUUGUGUCCCCCUGUCUUCGUGUUCAAGCUUGGCUGUUCAUGAUGAAGAACACCCACACAGACGCAGGUUUAUGCAUUUCUUUUGGAGAGCAUCGCUGAUGUCGAGAGCGACCUUUUCAUCUCUCUUGCUUCCCCCGACUCCGUUUUCGACAAUCUCUACGUACAUAUAUCUGUAUAUUUAUAUAGAGUUAGCGAAAGAGAAAUACCUGCAUACAUCUAUGCUUAUAUAUAUAUAUAUAUAUGUAUCCAUGUAUGGUUUCGAAGGGACUGCGUCUAGAGGACGAAACAAAGGUUUCUGACCGUCUCGCCCUUGGCGCAAAGAGCGAGGGAGAAGUUGAAUCUGAGAAAUGACGCGCCGUUCAAAUCCGGGAAGUAGAGAGAAUUUUUCUCUGGACGGCGUCUACGCUAUAAGCAUGUCUGUAUCGUAGAAGAGUUUCCUGUUCAUAGAUUCCUCACACCGAAUGCUUUUCCAGAGAAAGUUCUGUUUUCCCCGGCAUUUUGGGGUGUUCUUUCUGAGGAGCUUUCAGCGGGAAGAGGGAGGAAAGCCACCUUAGUUUUCCCUGCGAUACUUGCACCGCUUUUUUCCGUUGGACUUAGACAGCUGGGAAAGCAGAAUUUUUCUCGGGGGACGCGGGUUGUCUUUGGUCUGGUUUCCAUCGAGCUACCUCACAAAAAUGCAACAGAGAACGCCUGUGCUUCCCUAGCCCUUUCGGCUUCAUGGCUUAACUCACGCUUGGCAAAUUUGCCACGUAACACAUUCGCUUUUCCUUCCACUUCCAUCUCCGCCAACUAUCAGCUCUUCAGCCUCCAUCCAGAUGUUAAUCCCCUUCCUUAAUGACCACACAUCUGCAUGCAUUUAUCUCACAAUACACACAUAAGAAUGUGGGUAUCUAUCUAUCUGUCUAUAUAUAUAUAUAUAUAUAUAUAUAUAUAUAUAUAUAUAUACAUACAUAGAUCACGCUCUCCGUUGACUAGAAGAACAUGAAUUCGUAGGGACGGAGUCACCUCACUUUGGCACCACUGAACUGGAAGCAGGUAUACAACACGUUGUCCUCGCUGGUUUCGCGGAUCCGACUUCGAGCUUCAAUUCUCCCCACAUCUCCAUCCCUUAAAGUUCGUGACUUGAAAAAAGAUAUCCCGACAGCCGCGGGUCUGAUAGGGUCGAUACACUCUUUUUAAAGUGUCCAUGCAUGCCUCUACAUUUAGUUCGAUAGCUGUUUUCCAUGUGCAUGGAAAAACUCG